UGCGCCUUCAAAUGAAUACGUUUAAUAUAGUUUUCUGUUCCUGACCCCUGUUUUUCUUUUCUUCUUGUUCUUUGCUUCCUCCAUUCGCACCCAGCGCGCACCAUUCCAUUCCAUUCCAUUCCAUCCCAUCCCAUCCCAUCUACCAGUAACGACUCAUCCAUCUCGACAUUCCUCCUCGUCUCAAGGGCUACCUCUUUUUUUAUUUUAUUUUGAUCACCCUUCCUGAACCCUUACUCUCCACAAUAACUGAAGUCGUACACUCCUUCCCCUGUCCCCCUCCUUCUUCGCACUGCACCUCAACCAACUUUCUCUAAUGGAUUAUCCAUCUGCACAGCAUCGCACCCAGCGGGCACACAGCAUGGCUACAGACUCCAGGGCAAAGUGCGGCCCUUUCUACAAGGAUGCCUACCAUAGCAACGAGCUCGACUACCACCUGCCCUCUCUACCGCCCACUUCGCCUUUCACCGCCAUCUCAGACCUUACGCCUGAAGUCGAUCUCUACAAACGACCAACAUCACCUCCACUCCCUGCCAAUCCACCUGCUGUCCCUACACUUUCCAAGACAGAUUCAAAAAAAGAAGUAAAAUCACCACAGCGACUCAAAAGGGAACAAACGGUGCUGAAGCUGCAGCAGCAACAACAGCAGGCCCUCGAAAAGUUCAAGCAGGACAAGCUCGAUCAGCAGUACUCAAAGGUCGAUCGCAAACAGAAAAAGGAUGAGUACAAGCAGAUGUACCAGAGUCAGCACGACUAUGAGAAGCAGAUGGAGACUAAAGUCGAGAAGCGUCAGCAACGGUCGUUGCCUAUCUAUCCAACUACAUCCUCGUCCACUUCCUCCGGACAGAGCAACAAUACUCUGACGGAUCUUUGGAGUUCACAGUCGACAUCACCAUCAAAUGAGAUCUACUACCACUCCAGUCGAUAUUACCACCGCAAACAUCCUACACACCUUGCCGACGCCAAACCACAUCAACAGCAUCAGCACCUCAGCAGCAUCUCCUCCUCUACCUCUACAUUCACUCACAAGACAAAAUACCAAAACGAGAACAUGCGCUCAUUGAGUCUGAAGAGUUACUCCACAAAAUCCAUGUAUGAUCUAAGACCGUGGUCCGCCACGCCUCAGUCCCCGGUCUUUGAUUACCAUUCGGGCUAUGACAGCGACGACACCGCCAUGUCUCAUGGCUGGGAUUCUCUCAUGGACACACUACAUUCUCCAACAUCUGUACCCUCUCCUAUAUCCUCCCCUGGCUUGGACUCUUCGUUCAAGGACGAGACAGACGUGGAGCAGAUCGAUGCCUCAUUAGAGGACCUUGCUCUUAGCCACAGCGACAACAAGAAUGGCAAUGGCAGAUACUUGCUAGUGAUGGGUGCCAAUGGUCGGACAGGUAUCGAGGUCGUGAAGCAAGGCCUAGCGCGGAACUACCGAGUGACAGCCUUUGUCAGGGACGACAAGGCUUUCCUCGAGGAUAGCACCCUUCGCAAGAACCACAACCUUCUCAUCGUGCGCGGAUCGCCAACGUGCCAGGCGGACCUUGACCGAUGUGUCGAGGGACAGGACGUGGUCGUCAAUGUGAUUGGGGCGCGACUCAUGUCAAACGAUACAACUAUCAGCUCGCAUUCACAGGUGGUUCUUAAUAAUGCGAUGAAGAAGCAUGGUGUGCGACGACUGAUUGUAGUCACGUCCUAUGGUUGCCUAGGUCUUCGUAACUACCUGAUCAGCACUAAGAAGCUGUUCUCCCGCAUGUUCAUGACUGGGAUUCUGAAAGAUAAGGUUCUCCAGGAGGACAUUAUUCAGCGCGAUACCCCGUUCCUGGACUGGACCAUUGUUCGACCCAUCACCCUCAAAGAUGGCGAUUUGUCUGAAAAAUAUUGGGUCAGUUGCGAUGAGUUGCCAAAUACCAACAAGGUCAAGGUCCUGACGCGGCGGGAUCUGGCACAUUACCUGCUUGGGAUCAUCAACGCGCGUGAGGAGCAUCAUGCGAUCCGUAGCAUUGCAGGCAAGCCCAAGCCAAGCAAAGCGAAGACGAUGUGCCCGUUUGAACGGAGACGCGAGGCAGCGGAGCAGGCACGACAACUGAAAGAACAGCAGCAGUAGGAAUUUCUUACUACUCAAUUGCCACCAUACCUUUCAUACAUAGAGCAAUGAUAAAUGAAUGUAUUCUAAUGUACC